UUCUCUCUCAUAGCCAAGUGGAAUCACAGAUCAACACCAAAAUAUAUAUAUCUUACUAAAAAAAAGCCCCAAAUGCAAAACCCAUUUGAUAGAGAAACGUAACGUUGUAAAUAUAAAAAACACCAACUGCAAAACAAACUCUCUCUCUCUCUCUCUCUCUCUCUCUCUCGCUGUCAUACGCCACAUAUUCUAGAAUCUUGUUCUCCGGUUCCAUAUUCACUCCACGAAAGCUCUGGCACUCGUUUUUGUGGCUUUUCGUGUUUUUUCUUCAUUGAUGUGGUUCAACUGCUAACUCCACAAGAGUCCACAUAAUCUGUAUUUAUUAAACUAUAUGUUUCUUUGUUUUUUUUAGUUUGUGUGUAUCAUGUGUUGGUGUCUACUACAUAAUUUCAUUGAAGUUGUUUACUGGGGAGGGUGUUUUCAGUAAUGGGUCAUCUUUGAAUCUUCCUAAUUUGGGGUUAAAUUUGGUUUCCAUGAGGUUUUGAGGAGACCCAUCAUGGAUCUAGAAACUGGUUUUUAUCAGAAUCGUGUUAAGAAAGAAUCUUGGAGGACAGUAUUGAUUUUGGCUUAUCAGAGCCUUGGAGUUGUCUAUGGAGAUUUGAGCACAUCUCCACUUUAUGUAUACAAAAGUACUUUUGCUGAAGACAUUACACACUCAGAGACCAAUGAAGAGAUUUAUGGGGUUCUAUCUUUUGUGUUUUGGACACUAACUUUAGUUCCUCUUCUUAAAUAUGUGUUCAUUGUGCUCAGAGCCGAUGAUAAUGGCGAAGGGGGCACAUUUGCUUUGUACUCUCUGCUAUGUCGACACGCUCGAGUCAACUCACUGCCCAAUUGCCAGUUAGCAGAUGAAGAACUUUCAGAUUAUAAGAAGGAUGUCACUUCUCCUGCUCCAACCACUUUUGGGUCAAGUUUGAAAUCUACACUAGAGAGGCAUAGAGUGUUGCAGAAAUGUUUGCUUGUAUUGGCUUUGAUCGGGGCUUGUAUGGUGAUCGGCGAUGGCAUCCUCACACCUGCAAUAUCUGUGUUUUCUGCAGUGUCUGGAGUGGAGCUUGCUAUGUCAAAAGAACAUCACAAAUAUGUAGAAGUUCCCAUUGCAUGUAUCAUACUGAUAGGCUUGUUUGCCCUUCAACAUUAUGGUACCCACAGGGUUGGAUUCUUGUUUGCACCUGUGGUCAUAAUUUGGCUGUUGUGCAUCAGUACUAUUGGUGUAUAUAACAUUUUUCGCUGGAACCCUCAUGUGUAUAAAGCACUCUCUCCAUAUUACAUGUACAAAUUUUUAAAGAAAACACAAAGAGGUGGUUGGAUGUCUCUGGGUGGGAUCCUGUUAUGUAUAACAGGGUCGGAAGCUAUGUUUGCAGAUCUAGGGCACUUUUCACAGUUGUCAAUCAAGAUUGCUUUCACAUCUUUUGUUUAUCCAUCCUUGAUUCUUGCAUAUAUGGGGCAAGCUGCGUAUCUAUCUCGGCACCAUUUUGAUGAAAAUGACCCCCAAAUUGGAUUUUAUGUUUCUGUCCCAGAGACAUUAAGAUGGCCGGUUCUGGUUAUUGCGAUAUUUGCUGCCGUGGUGGGAAGCCAAGCCAUCAUCACCGGAACUUUCUCGAUCAUCAAACAGUGCUCUGCUCUGGGCUGCUUCCCGAGGGUGAAAAUAGUCCAUACCUCAUCCAAAGUACAUGGCCAGAUUUACAUCCCAGAGAUCAACUGGAUCUUAAUGGUGUUAUGCUUGGCUGUUACUAUUGGUUUCAGAGACACAAAACGCUUGGGUAAUGCAUCAGGUUUAGCAGUGAUAACCGUCAUGCUGGUCACCACCUGCCUAAUGUCUAUAGUUAUUGUCUUAUGCUGGCACCGGAGUGUCCUCCUCGCAGUUUGCUUCGUUUUCUUCUUUGGAACAAUUGAAGCUCUCUACUUCUCUGCUUCUCUCAUCAAGUUUCUUGAAGGAGCAUGGGUCCCCAUUGCGCUCGCAUUCAUAUUCAUGAUCAUCAUGUACGUCUGGCACUAUGGCACACUGAAAAAAUAUGAGUUCGAUGACCAAAACAAGGUCCCCGUCGACUGGCUUCUCAGCUUGGGUCCCAGCCUAGGUAUUGUACGUGUUCGUGGCAUUGGCCUCAUACACACUGAGCUCGUGUCUGGAAUCCCCGCAAUUUUCUCCCGCUUUGUCACUAACCUUCCAGCAUUCCACCAAGUCUUAAUUUUCCUUUGCAUUAAAUCCAUCCCCGUUCCCCACGUCAAACACGAAGAACGCUUCCUCGUGGGCCAUAUUGGGCCGAGAGAAUAUCGAAUCUACAGGUGCAUUGUGCGAUAUGGGUAUCGGGAUGUUCAGAAGGACGAUAUGGAGUUCGAGAAAGAUCUUGUGUGUAGUAUAGCCGAGUUUAUACGGACUGGAAAAGUGGGUUGUGACGGUAUAGAUGAAGAUUUGGGGAAAGAAUGUGAGAAAAUGGCGGUUGUUGGAACGCCUUUAACUCGUUCAGAAGGCAAAGGCAUUCAAGUGCGUGAGGUUGGAGUAGACAAUCCGGAGUCGGCUAGCACGUCAGAGCUCAAGGAGAUACAGUCUCCAAUUAUGAAACCGAGGAAAAGGGUCCGAUUUGUGAUACCGGAGAGCCCGGAGAUUGAUGUCGGUGCCCGAAAGGAGUUGCAAGAGCUGAUGGAGGCUAGGGAGGCAGGGAUGGCAUACAUAUUAGGGCACUCAUAUGUGAGAGCCAAACAAGGAUCAAGCAUGCUAAAGAAGCUUGUUAUAAAUUAUGGGUAUGAUUUGUUAAGAAGGAACUCUAGGGCACCUGUCUAUGCACUAAGUGUGCCUCAUGCAUCUACUCUAGAGGUUGGAAUGGCCUACCAUGUUUGAUUUUUGAGAUUAUACACGACUUAUAGUUAAUUUUAUGUGUCUUGUACAUGUUUACUUCUAUAGAUCAAAAUUGUCUCGUUCAAUAAAAGUACACAGAGUAGACCACUUACAACCAA